AUGAAUUGGUGUUUGAAAAACGGGAGUAGUGGCACAAAGGAGAAGUUAGUGGCACUGCUUUCUAAUAUUAACUCCGUGAUUGGUGACGAAAUGUUUACUUACAAACAUAAUAUCAAUGACGAAGCUGUGAAAAAUUUUGAGCAGGACGCUGCUUUGAUCGAAUUGGAAACUGCACAUUUUCCUGGUGGUCAGGAGGUCUUUGACGAAGAGGAAGGUGAUUUCUUGAGCGGAAAUCGAUUAAUUUUGAGUGCCGAUAUUGAUGUACAUUUGAGUGAUGCUAAUGUUUUAGCCGAUCAACAUGUCGCCGGUGAAGUAGUAAGAUUAUUCCUUCUUUCAAAUUAUAAAGUCGUCAACUCAAUUACUCAAUUAUUUUUACAGCUUGUGAGCAUGGACAAGCAGAAAACUGAUUCAAUCGAGUCGAAAAUUGAUAACUCACAAGUCGCGGAUGAAGAGGUUAGUACCGAAGCAUACGAAUUCGAUGACAUAAUUGAUUAUGACCCGGUUUCUGACGAUGAUGAGGCAAUUGAUGAGGGAGGUCAUGAAAUACAGAUUGAUGAAAAUGAAGAGACAUAUGAUGCGCUGGAUCGUAUUUUCAAAAGCACUGGUUUGAACAGUUCAAGAAUUGAGGCAAAUGUUUUAUUCGACGGUACGUUACAAGUGGAAGAAGUUACUGGUGGAUCUAUUUGUGAGCCUCCGCAACAAAAUUUCAAAUGUGGUUCGUGCGACAAAACUGAGAUGCACGUCGACACAUCUGAUGGUUCCGAAAAUAAAAAAGAAUUGCUGUCCGUAUUGCUUUAA